AGCCUUGUUCACCAUAUACAUUCAGAUUCGACCUCCUCUGAGAUAAACUCAACAAUGGGGAACCAGUCUUCUUCCAAUAAAAGAAAAGCUCUUCCCAUUGACUCUCCAUUCAAACUUCCAGCUGGUACCCCAGUUUGGCCCCAAGGUGAUGGAUUUGGCAGGGGAAUCAUUGAUCUCGGUGACCUGCAAGUGUCUCAAGUUUCAAGCUUUAACAAAGUGUGGACCACUUUUGAUGGAGGACCAGACAAUGCUGGGGCUACUUUCUUUGAACCAGCUUCCAUUCCUGAUGAAUUCUCCAUGUUAGGUUGCUAUGCCCAGCCCAAUAAUAAGCCUCUUUUUGGAUGGGUCCUUGUGGCCAAGCCAAAUUCUUCUGCUGAAAAUGGAGCUUUAGCAAAACCAGUUGAUUACACUCUGGCCUGGACUAGCAAGUCUCUGGACAUCAAGCAAGACAACACAGGCUAUUUCUGGUUACCAACACCCCCUGAUGGCUAUAAGGCAGUCGGCCAUGUCGUCACUGCCUCGCCGGAGAAGCCUUCCCUCGACAGAAUCCGGUGUGUCAGGUCAGACCUCACGGACCAAACCGAGACACACUCAUGGAUUUGGGGACCAGGCAAGAGCAGCAGCGACUCAGAUGGGUUUAAUGUCUACAACACAAGACCAACCAACAGAGGAAUUCAAGCUCCAGGUGUUCCUGUAGGUACUUUCCUUGCUCAAAAUGGAGGAACUAAUGGAACUCUUUCAAUAGCCUGCUUGAAAAACACCAAACUUGACUUCUCCUCCAUGCCUAAUCUUCCUCAAGCUGAGGCAUUAAUGGAAGCUUAUGCUCCAUUGAUGUACCUUCAUCGGGAUGAGAAGUAUCUUCCUUCUUCUGUCAAGUGGUAUUUUGCAAAUGGGGCAUUACUCUAUACCAGAGGUGAAGAGUCAAAACCUGUUGCAAUAAAUGAAUCUGGCUCUAACCUUCCUCAAGGAGGAGACAACGACGGAGCAUACUGGAUAGACCUUCCAGAAGACAAAUCCAACCAAGAAAGGGUCAAAAGAGGAGAUUUACAGAGCUUCCAAGCAUAUUUACAUAUAAAACCAAUGUUUGGAGCAACAUUUACAGACAUUUCCAUCUGGAUUUUCUACCCAUUCAACGGCCCAUCAAUAGCUAAAGUGGUCGUCCUCGAAAAGAUCUCACUGGGGCAAAUCGGCGAACAUGUGGGCGACUGGGAGCACGUGACGCUGAGAAUAAGCAACUUCAAUGGCGAAUUAAACAGCGUAUACUUCUCCCAACACAGCGGAGGCCAAUGGGUGAACGUUUCGGAGCUCGAAUUCCAAUCUGGGAAGAAUAAACCCGUCGCAUACUCUUCCCUAAACGGCCACGCGUUGUACUCAAGACCCGGUCAUGUUCUUCAGGGUACAAAGACGAUCGGGAUAAGAAACGAGACGCAGAAAAGCGAGAAGUUUGUGGAUUUGGGGAAGGGAUUUGAGGUAGUAGCAGGGGAGUACUUGGGGUCGGCGAUAUCGGAGCCGGCGUGGCUGAAUUAUCGGAGGCAUUGGGGUCCGAAGAUAAGCUACAAGAUAGAUGAAGAGCUGGAUAAGGUGGAGAAGGUGUUGCCGGAGAAUCUGAGAAGUGGGUUUCGGAAGUUUCGGGAUUCUUUGCCGAAUGAGUUGUUCGGAGAAGAAGGUCCCACCGGACCUAAGUUGAAGACAAGUUGGAGCGGGGAUGAACGCUGAAUUCAACUCUCAAGCCUAUCGUUGCAUUGCAUGCCCAACCUUUGGGAAACAUCAUGUCAAUUAGUACUGUGUUUUUACUUUUUUAUUUGUGCGAGUCGCCGAGUAGUUUUGAUUUAUUUUCAACGUAGGUUUUCAGUGUAAUCUUUCCAUCUUUCUUAUAAAUUAUUUUUAUUAAUC